CAGUUUCCGACGUUUAUCGUCGGCGCCAAUGCUGCCAUUGUUUGCAAGCGAGGAUGCAACACAAAAGCUGUAGCAGCGCAAGAAAUGACGCUCCAACUCCGAUCACCUCUCCUAGCCCAAACAACUCUCUCCAGCUGCGUCCUCUUCUUCCUCCUCAUCUCCUCCCCAGGCCCAGUCACCGCCGCCGGCGAGCUGACGGUCGUCUGGGGCCGGAACAGGGCUGAGGGCUCCCUCAGGGAGGCCUGCGACACGGGCCUCUACGCCACCGUCAUCCUCUCCUUCCUCCGCGUCGCCGGCCACGGCAAGUACCUGACCGACCUCUCCGGCCACGACGUCUCCACCGUCGGCGCCGACGUCAAGCACUGUCAGAGCGCCAAGAACGUCACCGUGCUCCUCUCCGUCGCUGGCAGCUACAACUCCCCGGCCACCGCCAGGGACGUCGCCGACCACCUCUGGAACGCCUUCCUCGGCGGCGGCUCCCGCCGGGGCGGCGUCCGCCGCCCGUUCGGCGACGCCGUGCUCGACGGCGUCAACUUCUACCUCGACGGCGAAGCGGAGCAGGAGCGCUUCAGCGACCUCGUGAGGCGUCGCCUUCAGGAGAGCCGCAACAAUGGUGGUCGAAACGGCGCCGCCAACAAGGCGGUCCGGCUGACGGCGACGCCGCCGUGCUCGCGGGUGCUCGACGCCGACAUGAGCGGCGGCGAGCUCGGCCUGUUCGAGCGCCUGCACGUGCGGUUCUACAAUGAGGCCCGGUGCGGGUACGACUACCACGAGAUGCGGCCGUUCUGGGGCGCGUGGCACAUGUGGGUGUUAAGGUUCCCGGCGGCGAGGCUCCUCGUGGGGCUGCCGGCGACGGACGGGAUGAGGGGGUGGAUCGACCCCGCGACGCUGCGCGACAGCGUGCUGCCGUCGGUGCAUGACGACCCCAACUACGGCGGACUCAUGCUGUGGGACAGAUACUACGACAAGCUCACGGGUUACAGCCGUGCCAUCGAUCCAUGACUGAUGACUCCUUGCUCUGAAAACCGAUGCUUCAUGUACACGUGAAGUUAGUGACUGAAUCAGACGAUGCAUAAAGUGUUUCUGUCUAAGGUCAAAGAGAGGGAAAGAUUAUAUUCUUAUGCUUGUAAAAUUAUAUGGUCUUCUUAUUAAUAUAAGCUGGAAUGAGGUAGUGUUUGUGUGUUUGUA